ACUUGGUGGGCGGUCCACAUGCGAGAGAGAGCCUCAGUCACAACGAGAAUAUCAGCCACUCUAGCGAUCGGCUGCCGACGGAUAAAGGCUAGGCUACCACGGAACAUUGUGCAGAAUAGGCAUUAGGUUACAGUCUCAACCCCCACUUAAUGCAGUGACCACUUCAUAAUUCGAUGCCUUCGAACUCUCCGGCAGAGAGGACGAAGAAACGUUUGCUAUUCCUACGAAGAAUUUGAGCGUUUAGUCAUGAUGUUGGAGAACGGCGGAAAGAUACUGAAAGAGGGUCUUCUGGAGAAGCGGAGCGAUGGCUUGCUGCAGCUGUGGAAGAAAAAGCAUUGCGUCCUAACAGAGGAUGGGGUUCUGCUUCUCCCGCCGAAGCAGCACGACCAUCCGCAUCAUCAGCACCACGGCGGCGGAGAUACCGGCAAAAUCAAGGAGCUGCACUUUGCCAACAUGAAAACAGUGGACUGCGUCGAAAGGAAAGGAAAAUAUAUCUACUUCACAGUUGUCAUGAUGGAGGGCAAGGAGAUAGAUUUCAGGUGUCCACAGGACGAAGGCUGGAAUGCCGAGAUAACUUUGCAAAUGGUGCAAUACAAGAACAGGCAGGCGAUACUGGCCGUGAAGUCGACGAGACAGAAACAGCAGCUGCUUGUAGUUCAGCUACCGGGACAAAAAAUGGUUCGGAGCUCGCCAAACGUUGCGUGACCUGCGCCUUGGACAUUCGACAUU